GGAGCCGCCGCCCCGAGCGCCGGACCCCGGGAUUUCCUGUACGUGGGGGUGAUGACCGCGCAGAAGUACCUGGGCAGUCGCGCGCUGGCGGCGCAGCGGACUUGGGCGCGCUUCAUUCCUGGCCGCGUGGAGUUCUUUUCCAGCCAGCAGCCGCCUGACGCCGGGCUCGGCCAGCCCCCGCCAGCCUUGCCGGUCAUCGCGCUGCCCGGAGUAGACGACUCCUACCCGCCCCAGAAAAAGUCCUUCAUGAUGAUCAAGUACAUGCACGACCACUACCUGGACAAGUAUGAGUGGUUCAUGCGUGCGGACGACGAUGUCUACAUCAAAGGUGAUAAGUUAGAAGAGUUUCUGCGAUCACUGAAUAGCAGUAAACCUCUCUACCUGGGACAGACUGGUUUGGGCAAUACUGAAGAACUUGGAAAGCUGGGCCUGGAGCCUGGGGAGAACUUCUGUAUGGGUGGACCUGGCAUGAUUUUCAGCCGAGAAGUUCUCAGGAGGAUGGUGCCACACAUUGGCGAAUGCCUUAGAGAAAUGUACACGACUCACGAAGAUGUGGAAGUGGGAAGAUGUGUUCGGCGCUUUGGUGGGACUCAGUGUGUCUGGUCUUAUGAGAUGCAGCAACUCUUUCAUGAAAAUUAUGAACACAAUCGAAAGGGUUAUAUCCAAGACCUUCACAACAGCAAAAUCCAUGCAGCCAUCACCCUUCAUCCUAACAAAAGGCCUGCAUACCAGUACAGGCUGCAUAAUUACAUGCUCAGCCGCAAGAUUUCUGAGCUUCGCUACCGUACCAUCCAGCUCCACCGGGAAAGCGUGCUGAUGAGCAAGCUCAGUAACAGUGAAGCGAGCAAAGAGGACCAGCAGCUGGGAGUGAUGCCUUCCUUUAACCACUUCCAGCCUCGGGACAGAGAUGAAGUGAUCGAAUGGGAGUUUCUGACAGGGAAGCUCCUUUACUCAGCAGCUGAGAAUCAGCCACCUCGACAGAAUAUCAACAGCAUCCUAAGAACAGCUCUGGAUGACACCGUGCUACAGGUGAUGGAGAUGAUCAAUGAGAAUGCCAAGAGUAGAGGCCGACUCAUUGAUUUCAAGGAAAUUCAGUAUGGCUACCGCAGGGUGGAUCCCAUGCAUGGGGUGGAAUAUAUUUUAGAUUUACUCCUCUUAUACAAAAGACACAAGGGCAGAAAACUGACUGUGCCAGUGAGACGCCACGCGUACCUUCAGCAGCUGUUCAGCAAGCCUUUCUUCCGAGAAAUGGGCGAGUUCGACGUCAACAGCCUGGUGGAGAGCAUUAACAGUGAAACUCAGUCCUUCUCCUUUAUAUCGAAUUCGUUAAAGAUGCUCUCCUCUUUUCAAGGUGCCAAAGGGGUGGUUGGGCACGAUGAAAAGAAAAUACACAUUCUGGUGCCUCUCGUAGGAAGGUAUGACAUUUUCUUGAGAUUCAUGGAGAACUUUGAAACAAUUUGCCUUAUCCCAAAGCAAAAUGUCAAGCUGGUCAUCAUCCUUUUCAGUCAAGAUUCUGGCCACGAUUCUAGCAAUCAUAGUGACCUGGUAAAGGGAUAUCAGAACAAGUACCCUAAUGCAGAAAUGACCUUGAUCCCCGUUAAGGGAGCGUUUUCCAGGGGUCUUGGUCUUGAAAUGGCCUCUGCCCAGUUUGACAAUGACACCUUGCUGCUAUUUUGUGAUGUUGACUUGAUCUUCAGAGGAGAUUUUCUCCAACGGUGUAGAGACAACACAAUUCAGGGACAACAGGUGUACUACCCCAUCAUCUUUAGCCAGUAUGACCCAAAGGUAACCAAUAGGGGCAAGCCUCCCAUUGAUGAUGAUUUCGUUUUCUCAGAGACGACAGGAUUCUGGAGAGACUACGGAUAUGGAAUCACCUGUAUUUAUAAAAGUGAUCUUCUGGGCACGGGUGGAUUUGAUACCUCAAUACAAGGCUGGGGACUGGAAGAUGUAGAUCUCUACAACAAAGUUAUUUCAUCUGGCUUAAGGCCCUUCCGAAGUCAAGAUGUAGGAGUGGUGCAUAUUUUCCACCCAGUUCAUUGUGAUCCUAACUUGGACCCUAAGCAGUAUAAGAUGUGCUUAGGGUCCAAGGCAAGUACUUUUGCCUCGACCAUGCAACUGGCUGAACUCUGGUUAGAAAAACAUUUGGGUGUCAGGUACAAUCGAACUCUCUCCUGACAGUCCAGGCAACACGUAUUGCCUUUUGAAAGGGGAAGUUUACCUCAUUGUUGGUUGUUGUUAUUUUUAUUUUAUUAUUAUUAUUAUUGUUAUUGUUAUUAUUGUUGUUAUUUUAUUUGUGUUGUCGCGGUCUGAAACUACUCUUGGUUGUCUUCCAAAGGGUGUUUGUUGACCUCAAGCAAGAAGAGUCUGCAGUUCACUGAUAUUUCAGAUUUCUACUGAAGUCAAUAUGUGUGUUAACUUUUUUUAUAACUUUAUUCAAGAUUGGUUUAAACCAUGGCAAUCAAAUGACUUUUGAAGCUCAUUCAUCAGGAGAGCUGACUUAGAAGAAUGUUUUCUUGGGACUUAAAGAGGCAAUAUCGACUUUUAUUUUGUUUGUCAAAUUUAAUGUGAUACAAAUAUUUACUGGGGAAAGGUACCACAAAAGUGCUUUAUGCUUCCUACGGGGAAGGGACUCUGUAACAUACACUUGAGUUUUGUAAUUUAUACAAGGACUUAAAUAUAUAGACGAUAAUUUUCUUCAUCUUUAGAAUUUUUAAAGUAAAUGAACACCUAUGAUUGUAUGUUUAUUUUUUAAAAAAAUGUUUUAAAAAUUGAGGAGUUUUGUUCUACAAGCAACCGGUACUGGCUACCCUGGUCUUAUGACAAUUAUGCACUCCUCACAACUGUCUGCUAUAAAUGCGAAUGAACUUUAUUUUCUCAAGGAAAUAUGAUUUAAUUAAAUAUUCAUGUACAUUUUAGAAGCUUUAUGAAACAAUGUCCUUCAUUUGCUGGCAAGAAGAUACAAUAUGACAGAACCUGGUAAUUUAUAAUAAAAUACAGGCGUAACAGUAUUCUU